GAGGAGGUGAUGGUGUACCGAAAGAUUCAGCCUUAUUCAUAUACUUGGGGAUUUCAGAGUAUGCUCUAUUGUAAUAAAAACGACGGUCAAGGUAUUAAAGUUGCAGAAGCACGUCGACGCCCGUUCCAAAAGGACAUUAUUAUCGAAUCGGCAGACUAUGAUAAUAGCGAAAUCGAAGAUAUAUCUCAGACUUAUAUAAAUAACCUUAAAAAUAUACCCGCCACCCAUAAUAUCCAUUCUCAAGAUUUAAUCAAAAGGUCACAAUCGAAUAUUUUAUUUGAAUAUGAAAUAUGGUUUCAUGGUUCUCGCAUGCGCUGGAAAAGGCCGAGUUUGUUGUCCCAUGACUUUACUUGUGAAAUAAAGUUAACCCGCCAGGAGACAAAAAUAUAUCAACAACAAAAAAAAUUGAAUGGAUCACAGAACAGGAGAAAGAAGAAUAAUAGUGUCAGAUCCCGAACAACAGAGGAUGGAUUUAUUGAUAGUGAUAGCGAUAAUGACGAGGAUGAUCAUGACAACCACAGUCACAAAACAUGUAGGAGAUGGAAGCUAAUAGCAGAGUUUGAUAGUGAUAAUAUGGGUUAUUCAAGUAAAGAAUUUGGUAAAUUGUCAAUUGACCUCGACAUUCUAAAUCAAGUAGAAAAAGAACGAUGUGACUUACUGGAGGCUAAUCUGGUCAUGACCUGUUGUACUUUGAUAGAUUUGAUAAGAGAUGUAAUGGGAAAAUAAAAAAUUAUAGUUUAUAUUUUUCCUUAUGAAACAACCCAACUUGUUUGUUUGAAACUUUGCUUCCCCUUUAUAAAAUUUUCUUUAUAAAUAUGUCAAUUUUAAUCUAAAGUCCUUUUUCUUUUCCUUGU